GUACCCAGCCUUUUCCUAAAGCCGUGUUCAAUAUUAGUCUCCACCAAACAGUCUAUGGUCACAACACUGACAUAUUCUUCUAGUCCAGUUUUCCUCACCACAUCCUCCUGGAUCCUUACAAAAUAAAACCUCUUAACCUCUUUCCUGUCACAAUAAGAGUUUUCACUUUUAAAAGACUUUAGUUUGAUAGUACCUAUUGUUGUUAUGUUUCAGACAUGUCCUCCACCAGUGAAAGGAGCUCUGAGGAGACGUUCCUAUGCGCCAUCUGUCUGGAGGUGUUCUCUGAGCCAGUGUCCACUCCAUGUGGACACAACUUCUGCCGACGCUGCAUCUCUCAGGCCUCAGACACUGAUGGGCUGACAUGUCCUCUGUGUAAAGAGGUGUUCCACAGCAGACCGCAGCUCAGUGUCAGUAUGCUCCUGAAGGAGGUGGCCUCAGGGUUUAACCUGGAGAGGAACAAAAGAAAAUCUAUGGAUCAGAUGCCCGUCUUGAAAGAGGUGCAGUGUGACGUGUGCUCUGAGCCCAAGCUGAAGGCCAUCAAGUCCUGCCUGGUGUGUCAGACCUCCUUCUGUGAGAGCCACAUCCAGCGUCAUCUCACAGUCUCUGGGCUGAAAAGACACCACUUGAUGGAGCCAGUGGAAAACCUGGAAGACAGGACGUGUCCCACACACCAGCGCCCCCUGGAGCUCUUCUGUGCCACUGAUGAGAAGAGCAUUUGUGUGAUAUGCUCCAUUUUAGAGCAUAAGAACCAUGAGUUCUUGUCUCUGGAGGAGGCGUGUGAGCACAGGAGGUCCUCUCUGCUGCAGACUCAGGCUCAGAACCAGCACAUGGUGGAGCAGAGGAGGCAGAAGAUCCAGGAGAUCCAGAUCCUCCUGGAGCUGAGUGAGACAGAGGCCCUCAGAGAGAGGGCUGCAGGGCUGCAGGCCUUCACUGCUCUUAUGCAGUCUGUUCAGAGGCGUAUGGACCUCUUCUUAGUCGAGCUCCAGGAGAAGCAGAGCCGGAGCCACAGACGAGCCCAGGAUCUGGUGCAGCGGCUGCAGCAGGAGAUCUGUGAUCUGGAGCAGAGCAGCGCUGAUGCCGAACGUCUCUCACGCUCUCAUGACUCCCUCCACUUUCUACACCACUGCCCUGCACCCACGCCCCCUGCUGGGCUUAAGGAGUGGAGCAGUGUGAGCUUUGAGCUUGAGAUGUGUGAGGGCAGUGUGACCCGGGCUCUGUCUGUGCUGGAGAACAGUCUCUCUCAGGAGUUUAACAAACAGUUUAAAGAACUGGCCUCAGAGUUUAACAAAACUGAGCUGAGGAGAGUGCAGCAGUGUGCAGUGGAGGUCACUUUGGGUCCAGACACAGCUCAUCCUGAACUCGUUCAAGAUCUCAAACAGGUUCAUCACACUGAUGUGAGGAAGCAGCUCCCAGACUCUCCUCUGAGGUUUGAUAAAUGUGUUAAUGUUUUAGAAAAACAAAGUUUCUCUUCUGGCAGGUUUUACUUUGAGGUUCAGGUCAAAGGGAAAACAAACUGGGAUUUAGGAGUGGCCCAAGAGUCCAUCAACAGGAAGGGAAACAUCACUGCAUGUCCUGAACAUGGGCUGUGGUGCAUUGUCUUAAGAAACAAAGAUGAAUACAAAGCUUGCUCUUCUCCUCCUGUCCCCCUGUCCCCUCAGAGAGCUCCUGAGAAGGUGGGGGUGUUUGUGGACUAUGGAAAGGGUCUGGUCUCCUUUUAUGAUGCACAUUCUGCAGAUCUCCUCUACUCCUUCACAGACUGUUGCUUCAGGGAGAAGCUGUUUCCAUUUUUCAGUCCCUGUGACUACGCUGCAGGAUCAAACUCUGCUCCUCUGGUCCUCACUGCAGUGGAGACUUUGAGCAGUGACAAAGUACAAAAGUAAAAGUACUGUACUUAAAGAGGGGUUUUACACUUUU